GGCUAGGGCUUAAAAUCUGGCUCGAGCGCAAGAAACGGCCAUCCCAAUCGCUGGUGUCGCAUCGCUGACAUCGAGUGACUGUUCUUCCUGCUACGGGCAUUAUCCCAUCGUUCGGUUGUCGUUUACCGUCGCGUGCGCGUCUCUUCAACAACUUUUGCCAGCAAAAUGAGGGAAUGUAUCUCAGUUCACAUCGGUCAGGCUGGAGUUCAGAUCGGUAACGCAUGCUGGGAACUUUAUUGUUUGGAGCAUGGCAUCCAACCUGAUGGCCAAAUGCCCUCAGAUAAAACAAUUGGAGGUGGAGAUGAUAGUUUCAAUACUUUCUUCUCAGAAACUGGUGCUGGAAAACACGUGCCCAGAGCUGUUUUUGUCGAUUUGGAACCCACGGUAGUCGAUGAAGUUCGUACUGGAACCUAUCGUCAGCUCUUCCAUCCUGAGCAACUGAUUACUGGAAAAGAAGAUGCCGCCAAUAAUUACGCAAGAGGUCAUUACACUAUCGGCAAAGAAAUUGUGGAUGUCGUUUUAGAUCGUAUCAGAAAAUUGGCCGAUCAAUGCACAGGGCUACAGGGUUUCUUGGUAUUCCAUUCCUUUGGAGGUGGAACUGGAUCUGGAUUUACCAGUUUGUUAAUGGAAAGGCUCAGUGUUGAUUAUGGGAAAAAAUCAAAACUAGAAUUUUCUAUCUAUCCCGCCCCACAAGUAUCCACUGCCGUUGUUGAACCGUAUAAUUCUAUAUUAACAACCCAUACAACCUUAGAACAUUCUGAUUGUGCCUUUAUGGUCGACAACGAGGCCAUUUAUGAUAUUUGUAGAAGAAAUCUCGAUAUUGAACGUCCGACAUAUACGAAUUUAAACAGACUUAUUGGCCAGAUUGUGUCCUCCAUUACUGCUUCCCUGCGAUUCGAUGGUGCUCUCAACGUAGAUUUAACUGAAUUCCAGACAAAUUUGGUACCCUAUCCUCGUAUCCAUUUUCCCCUUGCCACUUAUGCUCCCGUGAUCUCGGCGGAAAAGGCCUACCACGAACAGUUAACUGUAGCUGAAAUUACCAAUGCAUGUUUCGAACCAGCCAACCAGAUGGUUAAAUGCGAUCCUAGGCACGGGAAAUAUAUGGCCUGCUGCAUGUUAUACAGGGGAGACGUUGUUCCUAAAGAUGUAAAUGCCGCUAUUGCCACAAUCAAGACCAAAAGAACUAUCCAGUUUGUAGAUUGGUGUCCGACUGGUUUUAAAGUUGGUAUUAAUUAUCAACCGCCAACAGUCGUUCCAGGAGGUGAUCUUGCUAAAGUUCAACGUGCUGUAUGCAUGUUAUCGAACACUACUGCCAUUGCAGAAGCCUGGGCAAGACUGGACCACAAAUUCGACCUUAUGUACGCCAAGAGAGCUUUUGUCCAUUGGUACGUCGGAGAGGGCAUGGAAGAAGGUGAAUUUUCAGAAGCUCGUGAAGAUUUGGCUGCAUUGGAGAAAGAUUAUGAAGAGGUUGCCGUCGAUUCUAUUGAAGGCGAAGCUGAUGAAGGAGAAGAAUACUAAAUUUCACCAUUUACCUAGUACACAAGGUUCACUAGAAAUCCGAUCAGCAUUUAAUAAAAUCCAUUUAUCCUUACUACUUAAUUAUAUGCUUUGCCUAAAUUAUAUCCUAAAAUAUAAAUUAUGUUAUUUUUUUUAAAUAUAUAUGUAACAUUAAGAUUUUUCACUUUUAUAUUUAUAACAUUAUUUAUUUGAUUUUACUUAAUAUUUAUAUUUUGAAUUUACUCAAAAUAAUAGGUAAGAAAACUAUCCAAAGUGCUUUAUUAAUAUUAUAAGUUUAUAAUAACAUAGUUUUUCACGAGUGUGUUAAUAAAGUUUUAGCAAACUG